GGGAGCGCGCCGGCUGGCUGUGUCACGCAAGCCUACCACGGACAGGCGAGCCACAGGCACGGAAUUCCGAGGAGGAAGUUACUGGGAUUGGAAAAACAACCUCAAAACUAACUGCAUGAAUAAAGGUGUAGGGGCGCUCCUCUCUAGAAAUACAGAAGUGUUGGGUACUAUGGACUAGUGGUGGUCGCAAUCGAUGGAGUCGGCGAGAAGUUUUCUGUUUCUCCGGUUACUGCUGGUCGGACUAUCGGGCGCAUUGGGCAGAGAAGUAUGCCUGGGCACAGACAUGAAGCUGGCCCUUCCCUCCAGUCUGGAGAACCACUAUGAGACCCUGCGGCUGCUCUACACUGACUGCCAGGUGGUGCACGGCAACCUAGAGAUCACACACCUUCGGGGCAAGCCGGACCUCUCCUUCCUACAAGGUAUCGUGGAGGUGCAGGGCUACGUCUUGAUUGCCCGUGUGUCUGUGAGCGUGGUGCCACUGGACAAUCUGCGCAUCAUCCGGGGCAGCCAGCUGUACAACUCCAGCUAUGCUCUGGCUGUCCUGGACAACACCCUCCCUCAAGGGGGGGCGGGCCUAAGGGUGCUCCGCCUCCGCAGUCUCACAGAGAUCCUGCUGGGUGGGGUGCAUAUUUGGGGAAACCCCCAGCUCUGUUUCCCAGACCCCCAGCACAUGGAGUGGAGGGACACACUAGAUGAAAAGAACACACAUGCCAAGCAGCUCCGCCUUCAGGCCCGGUCCCCCAACUGUCCAAAGUGCUCCCCUGCCUGUGGAAAGAGAGGCUGCUGGGGAGAGACGGAGCAAGACUGCCAGACCCUGACCCAUGUGCACUGUGCGUCGGGGUGUCUGCGCUGUAAGGGACCCAAGCCCAAUGACUGCUGCCACAUGCAGUGUGCUGCCGGCUGCACUGGGCCCAAAGACUCAGACUGCCUGUCGUGCCGUCACUUCAACGACAGCGGGACAUGUAAAGACAACUGUCCGCCCCCCACCAUCUACGACCCAGUCACCUUCGUGUCCAAACCCAACCCCAACAGGAAGUUCAGCUUCGGGGCCACCUGCGUCAAGACAUGCCCCUAUAACUACCUAGCCAUGGAGGUGGCCUGUACCAUGGUGUGUCCUAAAGCUAACCAGGAAGUGAUUAUCACCCAGCCUGACGGCAAGGAGACACAGACACAGAAGUGUGAGAAGUGUGAAGGGGAAUGUCCAAAAGUGUGCUAUGGGCUGGGCAUGGGUGAUCUCCAGGGCUCCUCCUGGGUGAGCUCCUCCAACGUGGCCCAGUUCACUGGCUGCAAUAAGAUCUAUGGCAGUCUGGCUUUCCUACCUCAGAGCUUCACAGGGGACCCAUUGGCUAACAUGACAGGCCUGACCCUCAGUGAGCUGGAUGCAUUUAAGAAUUUGGAGGAGAUCACAGGAUAUCUGUACAUUGAUGCGUGGCCAGCCAACUGGACUAACCUGAGUGUGUUUGAGAACCUGAAAGUGAUCCGAGGAAGGAUGCUCUAUAAGGGUGUGUUCUCUCUGGGGGUCCAGUCAAUACAGAUCCGUUCUCUGGGUCUGCGUUCGCUCAGGAGCAUCAGUGGGGGUCUGGUCCUGCUCCACAACAACCCCCAACUCUGCUACACCCAGGACCUGCCCUGGGGGACCCUGCUGCACCCCACCCAGGGGCCCCACCGAAUCGUCAAUGCCAACCAGGACCCCCAGGAGUGUGUGGUGGAGGGCCGUGUGUGUCACCUGCUGUGUGCUAAGGGCUGCUGGGGGCCAGGGCCCAGUCAGUGUGUGGCCUGUGUGAAAUUCCAGCGCGGGAAGGAGUGCGUGGAGGAGUGCGACAUCUAUCAGGGGUCCCCGAGGGAGUUUUUUGACAGCUCCGAGAGAGUCUGUGGCGCCUGUCACUCAGAGUGUCGCCCCAUCAAUGGCUCUGCCUCCUGCCUAGGCCCGGGGGCCCACCAAUGUACAGAUUGCCUGCACUACCAGGAUGGGGAGGUGUGUGUGGAGAAAUGUCCCAGUGGGUUGAAGGAGGAGCAGCACACUGUGUGGAAAUACAGCAAUGCCACGGGCCACUGCCUCUCCUGCAACACCAACUGCACACUCUCGUGCACUCAGAAGGAUGAAAGAGGCUGCCCCAUCCAUACUAAAACAGGGCCGGGCACGUCGAUAGCGGCGGCGGUGGGCGGGGCGGUGCUCUUCCUCAUCCUAUUGGGUCUGCUGGUGUUCUACCUACGCCGACAGAAACAGCUCAAAAGGAAGGAGACAUUGAGGAGGAUCCUCCAGGAGCAUGAGCUGGUGGAGCCUCUGACUCCCAGCGGAGCCAUGCCCAAUCAGGCCCAGAUGCGCAUCCUCAAGGAGACAGAGCUAAAGAAGCUAAGAGUUCUGGGCUCAGGAGCCUUCGGCACUGUCUACAAGGGGGCAUGGGCUCCUGAUGGGGAGAAUGUGAAGAUCCCGGUGGCCAUCAAGGUUUUGCGGGAGAACACCUCGCCCAAGGCCAACAAGGAGAUCCUGGAUGAGGCGUACGUAAUGGCCGGUGUGGCCAGUCCCUAUGUGUGUCGUCUGCUGGGUAUCUGCCUGACCUCCACGGUUCAGCUGGUCACCCAGCUCAUGCCCUACGGCUGCCUGCUGGACUACGUCCGAGAGAACAAGGACCACAUCGGCUCCCAGUACCUCCUCAACUGGUGUGUGCAGAUAGCGAAGGGGAUGAGCUACCUGGAGGAUGUACGUCUUGUGCACAGGGACCUGGCAGCCCGUAACGUCCUGGUAAAGAACCCCAACCACGUCAAGAUAACUGACUUCGGCCUGGCUCGCCUGUUGGACAUAGACGAAACAGAGUACCAUGCAGACGGAGGCAAGGUGCCUAUUAAGUGGAUGGCGUUGGAGUCUAUCCUCCACAGGAAGUUCACCCACCAGAGUGAUGUGUGGAGCUACGGGGUGACUGUUUGGGAGCUGAUGACCUUUGGGGCCAAGCCCUAUGACCUGAUCCCGGCACGAGACAUCCCAGAGCUGCUGGAGGGGGGCGAGAGGCUCCCCCAGCCCCUUAUCUGCACCAUUGACGUCUACAUGAUCAUGGUCAAGUGCUGGAUGAUUGAACCAGACAGCAGGCCUAAGUUCAAGGAGCUGGUGACAGAGUUCAGCGCCAUGGCACGAGACCCGCCUCGCUACGUAGUCAUCCAGAAUGAUGACAAGAUGAGUUUGUCCAGUCCAGUUGACAGUCAGUUCUUCAGGAUUCUACUGGAGGAGGAGGGAGCAGAAAUCAGAGACCUGCUAGAUGCUGAGGAGUACCUGGUGCCCCAGCCCAACUUCUUCAGACCCCAAGCAGAGACCUCGGGCCCCAACGGCCCCUCACGACACCACUCACACAGGAGUACGGACCAGGGAUUGGACAGCGAGCCCUCCAUGGCAGGCGGCCCGCGAAGCAUGUACUCCUCAGUGAGCACCCUGGGGCGCAGCCAGUACCCCACUCUGCCCAUGGGGGUCAGCGCCACCUCCAACGGGCACUGGACCCCCCAGUACCCCUCCCUCCUGGCCCGCACCCCCUCACACCUCUCUGCGGGGGGACACUCGGACUCUGUGUUCCUGGACGGCGGUCCCGAUGACGCCCCAGCGAGCCCUGGGCGCUAUUGCAAAGACCCCACCUUCCUCAAUGGAGGAGAGAGCGACCUGGAGACGGACGGACCGUCACCGAUGCAUCAUUAUAAUCAUCACUCGCUGCCCCGUAGGGGUCAUGCGUAUAAUCAUAAUCACACGUUACCAGAGUACAUCAACCAGGAGGUGCAGGACCUCCGGUCGGGGGCCGUCGAGCGGCCCAGCACCCUGCCCCGCAAGGGGGCAGCUGAGAGGCAUCGGCACCUCCCCAAUGGCCUGAGCUCGGGACACAGCGUGGAGAACCCUGAGUACCUGGUCCCCAUGAUGACCUCCGGCUCCACCUCGCCUGCCUUCGACAAUCCCUACUACCUGGACCUGGUGGCCAAGGCUAAGGCUGUGGCCGGAGGGGGUGGUGGUGGGGGAGGGGAAAGGGAUGGCCCUAACCCUCCUCCCAGGCAGGUGAAUGACUUUGUGACGCCCACGGCAGAGAACCCAGAGUACCUGGGCCUAGCAGACACCUGGAGUGGCCAGAGAGAGCACACCUGAUGAGACUGACAGGAAGUGAUGCGGAGGAAGGAAGAAGUGAGGAGGCACGAUCCUGGGUUACGGACAGGGGAUAGGGGCACUACUGCUGUAGAAAAGGAGGAGAAGGAGAUAGCGAGGGGGAGGGAUGUAAGAUAGGAACGAGUGUGUGUGUGUGGGAAGCGGGUAUGUGAGGACUGUGCGUGAGUGUGUGCCUGUGUGCAUGCAUGUGAGAGAAAAUACGUUAGAGUGAAUGCAUGAUGAGUGUCUGAGAUUAAGUUAGCAUGAGUGGGAAUGAGUUUGUGGAUGAGUGAAUGGAGGUGUACUGUCUGGAGUAGCACUCACAGGAUUGCCAGCCAGAGGAUGUCCAGCUUGUAUCUCCUGAAAACCGUCUGGUCCGGGGUGUUACACAACACCACCCAAUACAAUGUAGCAUUAUCGGAGGGACGUUAUUAUUAGCGUGUGUGCUGAACUUGUUUCAACGCGCACCAAGGUUUAUGUCCUUCUUGUCUCCCUACGGUAGCGCCUCUGUCAAAUUUUUUAACACAGCCUCGGAAACGACACAGUACUUUGAAAGCCAAGGAAAUUCACUCACCGGAAAUAAACAGUUCUCAAAUCCUGACUAUAUGGUACUACUUGCAGGCAAAAGACGGACAGCACCACAGUAUCUGAAUAUUUUAAGUAAUCUCAUGAUAAAUGGGAGAAUAAUCCAAGUAACACUGGACUAGGCAUAUAACAUUUGAAAUAUUUUAGUUUUUAGAUUUAUUUUAUUGAAAGUUAUCGUUCAUGUU